AGAUUGUAAGUCCGACAGCUAGUGAUACCCGGCAAGCGGCAAUGAUUAUCACCAAUCAAUUAGAACGUCGUGCCUUGGAUCCUGAUCCUUUGCUUGUUCCAAAGCCUGAACAGUUACAUCAGCCACACACGUCUAAGGUUCGCGGCAAAAACGCUCCUCAAUAUCUGGACAAGGGUACAAUCCUUUCAAAAAAGUUUCGCCUUGAAAAGAUGAUAGGCGGCGGUGGAUUUGGCCAGAUUUAUCGUGCUACAGAUGUGGAUAUGGGAACGGUGGUAGCAGCUAAAGUAGAGCCACAAUCUGAAGACGCUGGACGUAUGGUUUUGGAGCAGAUGGUUCUCACAAAGCUUGUCGGAACGAGGCAUUCCCCACGAUUGUUCGCUUCUGGGUCGCUGAACAAUUACAAUUUCAUAGUUAUGCAAAUGCUAGGUAGAAAUCUAACCGAACUAAGAAAAGCACAGCCAGAACGACGUUUUACGGUUCACACGACUGUCCGAAUAGGCGUACAAAUGGUGGAAGCGCUCAAAGCUGUGCACGAACUCGGUUUUCUUCACAGAGACGUGAAGCCUUCAAACAUGUGCGUUGGCAUAGGAGAGCACCGCAGAAUUAUUUACCUUGUCGACUUUGGCAUGACUCGUCAGUAUCGCCUACCAAAUGGUGACUUUCGCAAGGAACGUGUUUACGCGGCCUUUCGAGGAACGAUGCGAUAUGUAUCGCUAGCGGUUCACGAGAGGAAGGAGCAGGGACCCGUGGAUGAUUUAUGGAGCAUCUAUUACACGUUAGUGGAACUAGCUGAAGGCGGCUUACCAUGGCGGACUAUCACUGACCACGACGAGAUCUUCCAGCUAAAACGACGUCUUUCCUAUUAUGAUCUCUGCAGAUAUCUUCCCCGUCAUUUCGAAAUGUUUCCGAUACUGCUCCGCGAUCUCAGCUAUACAUCCAUCCCAGACUAUAAUAGAUUAAUGGUCUCAUUAAAGCGGUGUUGCAAAUUAGUUGAUGAUGAAGCAGAUUUUGAAUGGGACGACCAAACUACGACACAGUCACACUGAUCAUACGAUAACUUCGUUCUACAAUCUGAAGAUUUUGACGAUUCUUAUUGACCACGUC